AUGGCCUGGGAGGCCACAUACCUGCUCUCCUCAGUGCUGCUGCUGCUCCCUGGCCUCAGAGGAUGGGGCUCUGACAGGAAGCGUGUAUUCCCAGGCUCCCGGGCACAGGACUUGGAGGUACUUCAAACAGUGGAGGGCAAGAAUGUUUCUGUGACAUGCUGGUAUAAUCCCGGAUACCGCUCCUAUGGGAAGUUCUGGUGUAAGGAAACACCAGAAGGCACUUGUCAACCUUUAGUGUUGAGUGUCAGCAGAGGUGCUGAGAAUCUAAGAUUCUCCAUCCAGGAAGAUUCUCGGUUCAGCUUCUUCACUGUCACCAUGACUGAGCUCAAGACGGCCGACUCGGGCAUCUAUCACUGUGGGAUCUUUGGGAAUCGUAGAAACUUCAUCCAUACUCUCAGAACUAUCCACCUAGUGGUGUCAAAAGUUUCUUCAGAUGUGUCCAUCCCUGACAUCAUUCCUAUUGCAAAGCUGACUGCAGUUUCCAUCCUCGUUACCACAAAAUACUCGCCCAGUGACACAACUACGACCCCAUCCCUACCCAAGUCCACUGCUGUGGUUUCCUCUCCUGAUCCUGGAGUCACCGUCAAAAAUGGGACAGAUCCUACCAGGUAUAAUUUCUUGGCUCCUGGCUUGGACACCCUUCAUUUCAUCAUCCUUGUGUUGAGAGGAUGUGGGAAUGAGGAUGUGGGGUGGGUGGAGCACGAUCAGAUUUGA